GACGUUUCACGUCGUUCUGUACGGCUUUACGUUAGCGCCACGCAUCUGUGAUACAGGCGAGCCUUUAGGUGGUUUGCUGUGUUAGAUAUGUCUGUGGACCCCUGGGCUCGCCUGACGACCAUGACCGGGGAACGAACCCUUCCUGAAGCCUAACCCAGACUCUCACGGCCACGCAGAAAGUCAACAACUGUGUUAAGUAUCAGAGGGGCAUUAGAACGCUGCGUUUAUUUAAGGGAAGAUGGCGGAGUUUUCGCCUAUCCUCCCGAUGCGGGAUGGAGGAGGAAGAUUUGGUCAACCCAUCUUCCCUCGGUCCAGGUCCGGUUCUGAGUCUGAAAGCGAACUCUCCCAGAGCCUGGCAAGGACGAAGAUCCGUUCUUACGGGAGCACAGCCAGCGUCACAGCCUCUUUGGGGGAGAAAUACAUUGAGCAUCGGGUUACCGAUAGUGAUACUCUGCAAGGCAUUGCCCUGAAGUACGGCGUCACGAUGGAGCAGAUCAAGAGAGCCAACAAACUCUUCAACAACGAGAGCAUCUUCCUGAGGAACUGCCUCAACAUUCCCGUGGUGUCCCAGAAACGCUUCGUCUUCAACGGACUGUCUUUGGAAUCUCCUGACGGGGACGCCGACGCGGCGUGUACGGAGGCAGAGACGCCUCGUGUCAUGACACAGGACAUUGAAGGACCUUCGCCGCCCCCUUCGCCGCCCCCUAAGGACCACUCUGAGCCCCACUCUCAACCCCAGGCCGAGGAGCUGUCAGCCAAAGACUUCUUGUUCAGACUGGACUUGCAGAUUAAACAGUCCACGCAGGCGGCACGCAGGCUAAAAAAAGAAGACAUGAGGAGCGACGAGGAGGACGACACAGGGUCGAUGAGGUCGUACCAGGAGACAUAAGAGUUUGUUUACCAGGAACCCUGACACACACACACACACACACACACACACAUACUCAGUCUAAAUGCCUGACUAAGCCUUGGGAUGAUGUGAAGGUUUCGUACCUGUUUUGUUGGGGACGUUUUUUGGUUGUUUUUUUUUUUUGCAUUAUUGAUUUUAGUCAACAUUUAAAGAAAUAUAAUGAUAAAAAUAAUUAUAUUAAAGCAAAAUGCACUAAAAGCAGGGUCUACGACGACUGAAAAAGAUGCAGGUUAGGUUGUAUUAGAGACACGUUUGUACCACGGAGUACUUGGACCUAGGAACCACAGUCAUGGUUCUUGUUCUCACGGCUGCCUGGAUUCCACUGGAGUGAAUGUUGAAGUUGAAAUGAUCUGAAUGAGUUCUGUGUGCUGGCGUAGCCAACGCUCCGCUGAAGUCCUGGAACAGUGACUAUAGCUGCUUUAGCUGCUCUGCUAAUGCUAACAGCUUCCAGACCUGUGUUUCCUCACACACGGGUUCUAAAAGGAGCAACGUCGUCCUUUAACUGUUUAAAUUUACAUGGGAAGUAUCUGGAUUCCCUGGAGUUCUGGUUGCUGGUUCUAGUUCCUGCUGUGGACAUGCAUGGUGGCAAGCAGAGCUGGUACUUGACAUAGGCCACGUAUGCGAUCAUCUAGGGAGCCAUCUGCUGGAAGGGGCUGAUGCAGCAAUUUCUUAAAAAAUACAAACAACCCAAUCAUAUUAAAGGGAAAUGGAGUCAGGAGUGGAGGGGGGACGUGGGGGGAGGUGAACCAUCCUCUUGCUUUGGUCCAACUCUGGUGUAUUUCUUUUUAAUCCAUUAUCUACCGUCCAUUAUAAUAUAAUCUAAUUAUAGUCUGGAGCAUUUUGUGAGCCUUUGCUUUUAUCUGGAGGCAGGACUACAGUGUGUACAGGCUGAAGUACAACAACCUCUGUACUGUAGUACUGACUCGCUUCACCGAACCCAGGUGACCAGUCAGGUCCUUUUGACUUUUUAUUUAUUGUUCCUUGUUACACUUUUGAGUCUUAGGGAGGAGACUUAACAGCAUCGAACACCAGGGUGCGCUCACGCCACUUACUUGUUGGGUCAGAGUUGAAUGUUACAGCAAAGAGGUCCAUUUUAGACAGGUUUUUAAAAAAAAAAGCUACAGUCUCCGUCCACACAGACUUGGGUUCAUAUCAGGUUCAUUAGACAAGUGGACCGUACCAAACUCCCUGGAACUGAACCAAAGACGUGUCACGUGGUAGUUAGUAUUCCUAAAUCAUGUGACUGGGAUUCUAUAGAAAGUAAAGUUACCUAUGAAACUGUCAGUGGUAAAAAAGGAAGAAAAGAAGGGAUGAAGAAGGGAGUUGGAACGUCCAAUCACAGGCCGAGCUUGUCUGUCUGAUGUCUUUGAUUGGCUGAGUGAGAACUAACUGAACCAGACUGUUCACUACACAAAAAGAAGUCAAAUGCUUAUGAGAGGCAGUGUGUCACUUAGGUCUGCAGAAAUACUACUACAACUAUGUAUAUACACAUGUAUGUAUAUAUGUAGAUAUAUAUAUGUGUAUACAUGUAUAUAUACGUGUAUGUAUGUGUUUAUAUAUGUGUACAUAUGUACAUAUAUAUGCGUGUACAUAUGUAUAAUUGAACUCAACAGUGGUGUGACGCUUUAGUUCCAUGGAAUACUUUGUUGUUGUUUUUUAACCAAUAGCAGACGGGGAUUUAAUGUAACCAGUGACCCGAACGCUGCCUCGUUUCUUUUAUCGUCUCAUGUCAGGUUCUAGACUCCUCUCAGGACACAUUUGUCCACUGACACCUUUCACUCUCUGGACACGUCUCUGUAAAGACGACCUGUGGGACAGAGACACGACGACGUAAGUGAUUUGGAUUUGUUCGCAGCUUCUGAGAAACUUCCGUUCCGACCUAGAGUAUAAUCAUUACCAGUCCGUAUAUUCAGGCCUUUUUGCGGUAACAUUUACCUGGUGUGAGCAGAGACUCUUGUUGGACUCGAGCCUUUGUCCUGUUUGCCUCACGGGAACUUUUUUACUCAACGAAACAGAAGGGAGCGCUCUAUUUUUUAAAGUGUGGCUGUAUUAUUUAUGACGUCUGUUUAAGAACUGGUUUACGGUGUGUAUUAAAGUCUGUUUGGUUUUAUUUGAGAAUAAAUCUGUAUUUAAACCACA